AUGUCUUCGCCAAGGGUCAUCGUGCAGAUCGCCAUUGCUGGCGCAAAAAUCUUUGGGAAGGCGUUCUACGCGGCCGGGAAACAGGCAAUAGCAAAUGCAAAGUACCGGCCGCCAGGCACAGCGGGGGGCGAUGUCGCAGGCAUCGGGAACGCGACCUCUGGUUCCAUAACGGACAGGCUGACGAGGGAACACCGGAUGACGCUAGACGAGGCGCGGUUGAUUCUGAACGUGAAGGACAAGGAUCCGGUAGAGAGGAUAGUGCAGAACUACGAGCACCUGUUCAAGCAGAACUCACCACCACCGCCUCCCGAGAAGGCUGUGCCCAAAUCGUCCAAGCAGGCUGCGCCCGCAUACUCGCACUACCUCCAGUCGAAGGUCGUCCGUGCAAAGGAGCGGCUGGACGCGGAGCUCAAGGCGUCGCUCGAGGGCGAAACCCCCUCGCCCCCUCCACCAGAAGCACUGUCGUCGAAUCCGCCUCCGCCCGCAUCGUAG